AUGUCGAUAGUAUCCAUCAGAAACGUUGAAUUUAUCAAUAAUCCUGCUCGUUUCUUGGACGAGUAUCAGUUCCGCGUGACGUUCGAUUGUAUUGCCCCGUUAACAGAUGAUCUGGAGUGGAAACUCAUCUAUGUCUCAUCGCCCGACCACGAAGAACUGGAUCAAGAACUCGACGACUGCCUAGUAGGACCAGUGCCCUCAGGCGUUAACUCCUUCGUUUUCUCUGGAGCACCACCCGAACCCUCAAAAAUUCCCACGGAAGACGUGCUGGGUGUAGCGGCUCUUAUCCUCACCGCCUCGUACAAAGACCAAGAGUUCGUUCGCGUGGGAUACUAUCAAAAUACCGAAUACGAUAACGAAGAAAUGAAAGAGAACCCACCUAAAAACAUCGUCUUUGAGCGACUAGUACGGGAUAUCAGCCAGAAGCCUCGUGUAACCCGCUUCCAGAUCAAAUGGGAUGUUUCACCUCCCCAACUAGGCCAGGUCGCAGCCGGUGCCGCCACUUCUGCUGCUGUUCCAUCAGCCAACGACUUAGAUGACGAUGCAUCUGAUGAAGUGGAGGCUAAAUCAAAGCCGAACGGGUUGUCCGAGUCAUAA